UACACAGUGUUUGUUAAAUUAUCUUCUAUUUUGUUUAUGUUUAUGUAUAUGUUUUUAUGUAUUACGUAUUUUUAUCUAUUAUGUAUAUAUUUGAAACACUUGGUGGUUUUUAGAAAAUUAAUUCUUGUGAGGGAAAAAUACUGCUCAAUCUCCAUCUUAAAGUCGGCAAUAAUUCAGAAAACAUUUAAACUAAUUGAUGUUUAUCACCCCAUGCAUCGCAGCUCAGUGUGGCAGGCUGAAGCACUGAACUCAGGCAGACUCUGGGGCAGAGUCUGCCCAAUCCAGCUCUGCCACUUUCUAAAUGGUAGAUUCAGGCAAGCUACUUAAUCUCUCUUUGCCUUGGUUUCCUUGAUGUGAAAUGCUGCAUCUAUUGCUAUUGCUGACAUUAGUGCCUACUUCAAACAGUUGUUGCAAGAAUAUGAUGGCUUAACUGUGCAUAAAGCACAUGGAAGAGCAGGCACUUUAACUUUAUUAUUAUUAUGCCUGAAUAUGAUCUGCCAUUCAGAGAGACACUAGUUAUUUGUUAGAUGCAAGGGAUUUGGGGGAAUGAAUAAGCUUCAUUUAAAGAAAUCAUGUAAGUAGAUGUUGUUUUUAGUGAUGGUUACUUUUCUGCAGAGAGCCAAAAAUAUCUCUGAGAUCUCCAAAAUUAACCUGUUGAUUUGGAGAUGAUUUACCCCCCAGUGGCUUCACAAGUGUCUGCUUCAGUUAGCUCUGGCUGGCUUCUCCUCCAAGAUGUCCAUUUCAGUUGGCGGCACCUCUAUAUCCUUUCACCCUACCUGUCUUUCAAGCUAGAAGAAACAACUCAUCGUCAUCCUUGACUCAUCCCUGAACCCCAGCAAUCACCCAUGCUGUUCCUUACUCUGCUGUCUCCCUGUCACCCAGAGGACAAGCUAAAGAUCAGAAACAGGAGGCAUUUAACUAUCUUUAAAUACAAAGCAUUUAACUAUCUUUCUAAUUGCUAUGGCUUCCUACUGCCUUCAGGAAAUAUCUCGAGGUCCUGAUGUUUUUAGUUCAAAGAGUCUUGCGCUUCAAGCCCAGAAGAAGAUUCUGAGCAAAAUAGCCAGCAAAACUGUGGCCAACAUGUUGAUUGAUGACACCAGCAGUGAGAUCUUUGAUGAGCUCUACAAAGUCACCAAAGAGCACACACACAACAAGAAGGAAGCCCACAAGAUCAUGAAAGACUUAAUCAAGGUGGCGAUCAAAAUCGGGAUCCUCUACCGUAACAACCAGUUUAGCCAAGAGGAGCUUGUUAUUGUGGAGAAGUUCCGGAAGAAGCUGAACCAGACGGCCAUGACCAUUGUCAGCUUCUAUGAGGUGGAAUACACCUUCGAUAGGAACGUGCUCUCCAAUCUCCUGCAUGAGUGCAAGGACCUGGUGCAUGAACUGGUGCAGCGGCACCUGACGCCCAGGACCCACGGGCGCAUCAACCACGUCUUUAACCACUUUGCCGAUGUGGAGUUCCUCUCCACCCUCUAUAGUCUGGAUGGAGACUGUAGGCCCAACCUCAAGAGGAUUUGUGAAGGAAUCAAUAAGUUGCUAGAUGAGAAAGUCCUUUAAAUGCCUUCCCUCCUACUGGACUUUGCUGCUUUAAAGUUACAGCACUCAACCAUGAUCUGAGUGAGAAUCAAGAACAUAAGCAGAAACCCUUGUCAAAGAUGUCCAUUUUCUGCCCUGUUCAUCCCUCUGAUGCUGAACUGAGCUCAGGUGUGUUUUUCUUCCAAGCUUUCUAGCAAGGUUUCUACUUAAAAUCACCUGUGUGCAAGCCUAAAGGACAUUUCAUCUAUUCUAAGCAGAAAGGCUGUUUUGUUCAUUACAGUGAGUGCUGUUCAUCUCAUGGAAUGGGAGGAGCACUAAACCAGGAGACAGAGGACAUGGAUUUGGUUUCCAGCUUAACCAGUUAGGACUCUGUCCUCUGCAUUCUGGAACCAUGAUGCCUGCCUGCCUGCCUCACAGGGCUGUUGUGAGGACCAGAUGAGAUGAUGUAUGUUCAUACUUUUGGAAUCUCUAAUUUAAGGUCUUAAUAUUUUGUCUUCUGAGCGUGAGGGGAUAAACCUGGAUGUAGACUAUUAAGCAGCAUAGGAGAAAAGAACAAUAGAAUCUAAUGAACUGGGUUUGCAAUCUGUGUCUAAAUGUACUACUUCAGACAAAGUGAAAUCCAAAGGUGUGAGAAAGUAUAGCUGCAAAUUGGAAAAAUGUGUUUCAAGAGUCGUCUUUUUGGCCAGGCGUGGUGGCUCACACCUGUAAUCCCAGCACUUUGGGAGGCCGAAGCAGGCAGAUUGCCUGAGGUCCAGAAUUCGAGAUCAGCCUGGCCAACAUGAUGAAACCCCAUCUCUACUAAAAUUACAAAAAUUAGCCAGGCGUGGUGGUGCAUGCCUGUAAUCCCAGCUACUCAGGAGGCUGAGGCAGGAGAAUUGUUUGAACCCGGGAGAUGGAGGCUGCAGUGAGCUGAGAUCAUGCCACUGUACUCCAGCCUGGGCAACAGAGCAAGACUCUGUCUCUAAAAAAAAAUAAUAAUAAUAAUUUUAAAAAAGAAGUGUUUUUGAGGUCUUAGAUGUUCAGGUUUAUGAUCCUGCGGAGGGAAACUUUCCAUGGGGGGGUAGGGAGAGAGAGUUUUCCAUCCACAACACAGAAACAGAGAAGCACUGUGCUCCCUCUGCAGGACCAGCCUUCCCUUAUCUAAGGGGCAUGGAGCUCAGGGAGGCUUUAUUCCAUAUGCACGGGAGAAUCAGGCAGAAUGAACCCCUACCCAUCUUUCUUGGCCUUUCACAGUCAUUUUGUGCUGUUUUCUCUGGUUCAUUAAUAAAUUGAAACUGCCCUCCAAACAA